UUACUUAGCCAGAGUUUUGUAUAGUUGUUAUCACAUAUAGAAUAUUUAGUGUGCAUCUAAUGAUCUAAAAAAAUAUAUAUAUCAUCGUAUUGGUUUGUAUUGAGUGUGUGGUCUUCCGGUUAGUCUUGGUGUGCGUGACUUGACGUGAGUGUGAACGGGACAAAUGAAGUUCGCCCUCCUCCCCGCAGCUGCUGGUGAUGGCGGAUGUUGACGAGAAAGAAGAGAGUAUGAGGAAUUAUCAUUUAGCUUCAGAGAGAAUAGAUCCAGGGGCCAGUCGCUUCCCUUACUGUAUUGUCUGGACACCGAUCCCCGUGUUAUCAUGGCUGCUGCCUUUCAUUGGACACAUGGGGAUUUGUACUUCAACUGGAGUAAUUCGAGACUUUGCCGGGCCAUACUAUGUUUCAGAAGAUAACAUGGCUUUUGGAAGACCGACAAAGUACUGGAUGCUUGAUGUUAGCAAAGUUUAUGCUAGUGGCUCCAAUGCUUGGGAUACUGCAGUGAACGAUGCCUCAGAGGAAUACAAACACAGGAUGCAUAACCUCUGCUGUGACAACUGUCAUUCCCAUGUGGCCAUGGCUCUGAACCUAAUGCGAUAUGAAAACAGCACUUCGUGGAACAUGGUCAACCUUUGUAUGCUUGCCCUCAUCCAUGGAAAACAUGUCAGUUGUGCAGGUUUUCUGAAGACCUGGCUCCCUUUUACGAUGCUUGUGCUUGCUGGUCUCACCCUCACUCUGGCCAUUACCCUCAGCUGACAGGGGAGCUUCACCUAAGGACAACAUACGGAUCCCUGCAGAUGAGAGGACUUUAACCAACCAAAGUGUCAGCCACAGUGUCCAGAGAAGCAGAACCAAUGGCUGUUGGCUGAAUCCACUGCUGGCUUUAGUCCAGUGGACCUGGUAUUCCCUGGCCCAAGGAAGUCAUUUAUAUUCAGCAGUAUGUUUGGAGAAAAUGGAGUGCACACCCCCUGUUGCUUCCACUAUGAGGGCCUCUCUAAUGCACUUAAUGGGUUGCGAUUGUUAAAAGGCUUGAAACAGAAGGCUAAACUACCUGUGAACACUAGAAUUGCUCUGUAUAUCUUCUUGUACAGGUACAGAUUUUAGUAAAUGUUACACUCUUGCCUUGUUCAAUUUUACUUUUUGCAAUUUUUAUUGCAAGACUAACCCCUUGAGCUAGUAUUUCUUGUUCUCGGAUGCCAUUUUUACUAAAAGGGAAAACUAACAUGUAAAAUCAAUUGGAUGCCUUUCCUGGGAUUACAUUUGCUGCUUGAUUUAAUAUAGUUUGAGCUGCAAACAAAUCCCAUAUAUGCUCAGAUUGUAUUUUGUCUUGUAUCAUAUGUGGUAGUAGUGUACAUAAGUCUUCUAACAUAUAUUUUUUUAAAAGCUUACAUCUCAUGGUACUAGUCAGUCCAGUUUACAGUUCAUGCUUUAACACAUUAAAACAAUCCUUAUUAAUUUGGUUUAGAUAAACCAACUGGUUUUAGUUUUCUAAAUCUUUAGUUUUCUAAAUCUGUGCCAAGACCAAAAAGAGGGAUCAACUCAAAUUUCCUUCAUUUCAUCCAAACUAUAAUUUCUGCCAUUUGUUUUCCUGUCUUAUGUUUUAUGAUAAAGACAGGGGUUGCUUCUUGGUUGAGUUGAUUCUUAAGGGGAUUUUUUUUUACAUUUCUUAAGAGACAGGUUGAGAAAUCUGUUGCCAUGGUUUUGGAGACUAAACCCAAAUCCUCUUAUUGUUUGUAAUAAAACAGAAAAAGUGUUGAUCCCUCUCUUUGUCCAGGACACUGCCCAAAGCAGCAGGUAGUCAGGAUUCUCAGGUUUUUCAUGCUUCUCAAUCCCACUGCCCACUUGAAUGUCCCAGGUUCCCCCAGAUUGAGCAGUGUGCUCCUGCUGCUCUCCACCUCUGCAUAUCUCUCCUGAAGGUCAUUGUGAAAUGCCAGCACUGCUUUCAUUUUUGGCCAAUAUCAUUAGUAUGUACUGUAGACAUUUUAUGGGUACAAUAUGGUGUCCUUAACAAAAUAAGACACCAGGAUUUCACUGGGCAUAUAGAAUAGAGCCUCCCAUUCGGUAGCAUGUUUAGCUUUCUGUGCCCAAAGAAGCAGGUCACCUGAGUACCUGAACACUUUGAAUGACCAGGUUAUUAUUCAACAGGGUGCAAUCUGCUCGGUUAAAUCCAUGAGGUGUCUUCUGCCAGGCUGUGUAAUAUUCUGCAAAAGGCUCAUUCUACACGUUUUAAUAAUUCACACCUCAUAUUCGUGCCUCUGUGGGGUUUGGGCCUGUAUGGUGCACAGAUGAGGGUAGAUGCACAUUACUGCAUGUUAACAUGUGUCUGCGCUGCAUGCAAGAAUUGUUGGUAAAGUUCAGGUCUCCCUCUGUGGUGAGCCACAGUGAUCAAUAAGCUGCCUUUUGUCUGAGCUAACUGCCCGUUAUUUUCAUACUAUUUAAAACUCCAUAUGUCUCUCUAAAUCUUUCAUGAUUUCACUUUCACAUGAAUGCUGGCAAUACAGAGGAAACAAUGAAUUAUGAAUGGAAGUGGUUGUUGAUGUGAUGCUAUUGCCUGUAGCAUGUGUAUAGCGUCAGUUUGGUAAAUCGAGCUUCACAUGAAUCUUCAGAGCAUUUAUAUGAUACAGCCUUAAAAUAGAAGGCUGGUUUUGAUACAGUUAUUUUUUCAUGAGGAAUUAAUGUUGAAGACAUAACCCCUUACUCUAAAUACACUCCUGCAGCCACAUGUGUAUGUUUGUUAAUCAUUCUGAUUUAAAUUGCUGUUGUAGGACUUUAAUGAAUGAACGUGUAUAUAGUUAUAUUAACAUUAUUAUGGGUGUAAUAAGUCUCAAUCCAAACAUAUAGACUAUUUGUGACUGUGAACAUAAUCUGAAAAAAAAAAAACAGACAGAAAUCCAUUUGGUGGUCCAUAAUUACUUAAAUCUUGGAAAAUCACAAAAUUACUUUAAGUAAAUGAACGGUUCAUUCAUGAUUUGUGCUAUGAAAGCUUCAUUCACAUUCAGGCUUGUGCUUUUAACCUAUAUUAAACAUGUAUGAGUGUAUUUUUAACUACAAACUGCAGACUAUUUGUGUGCGUGCAUGUACUUAACUAAUAUUGUACUGUGUGAGAUGACUGAGCUGGUGCGGUGCCUUGUAUCCAGGAGCCAGAUCCAGGAAUGUGGAGACCUGUGGUCCCAGCCUUUCAGCCUGUUGACAAAAGACAGUUGGGAUGCUAUUACUGGUGCCACUAUUCUUUUAUAAUUAUUCCAGCCUGCAGGUUUAAAACCGUCUUUUGUUUCUUUAAUCCUCACAUAUAUUUUAUUCUGCAGACCAAAGCUGGUGGGAUAUUGAAACAUGCUUCCAAUCACUGUGUGAACUCAGAAUGUGACAUAAUAAAGACAUCUAUUAUUGUACAAAACAAAA